CUGAGCAAGUUCUGCUAGGCUUGGGAUUUACAUGUGUAGGAUUGCACUGGGAAUAUUAAUCCGUUUGAAACGAUCCUCAGAUGUGGAAGAGCAAAACAGAGAAGAGAUUAUUAGGGUGACUCUUCCUGGCAAACUUUUUAGAUCUUGGAAGUGGGUGUGUAUUGACACACACAAAUUGGCAUCAGCACAUGUGCUGUAAAGUGAUGGAGUUAGCCGUUUCUUCCCUCAUCAUGGAAGAUCUACUAAAAACCAUCCUCCCAAAUCUGCUACUUUCAGUGAGAAAACAUACAGCUAGUGAAGAUUUUCACUAUUUUUCUGAUGAAUAAAUAAAUUGGUCUCCAGUUUUCCCUUCUGUUAAAAUGAUACAGUUACAAUAAGGUUAUAUUUAUAUACCUUAUAAGCUUUAUAAAGUUAUAUUUAGUUCAGGCUAAGUGUUUGCCCAUAUAGCUCCUAAGUUAUUUUUGUUUUUUUAUAAUGUAAAGCAUGCAUAACACUUACGUAAAAUAAUAUAAACCAUUAAUACAAUGCCAACAGUGCAAUUAACUGGCACUAUUUCAGAUGAACAUGGGAUUCUAGUAUUCUAAGUAUAAGAACGAAUGUAAAAUAAGCAUAAGUAUGUUUCACUAAGUUAUUGAAUACUUUAUAGGUUGAAAGAUUUGCUUUGGACUAAACAUAUGUGGUAAUAAUCUACACAAGAAGUUAGAGUAGUUAGAGUUACCAAACUCAUGAAUGGCCAAUGGCUUUCUCAUGGAAGUAUGUGUUGAUUCAGUGGAAUCUGCCAUUAACGCUGAAAGAGGAGGUGCUGGUCGCCUUGAAUUAUGUGCCAAUCUGAUGGAGGGUGGAACUACACCAAGUAUUGGUAUUUUGCAAGUAGUGAAGCAAUGCACAAGAAUCCCCAUAUUUGUAAUGAUCCGCCCCCGUGGUGGGGAUUUCCUCUACUCUGAUCGGGAAACAGAGGUGAUGAAAGCUGAUAUCCAAUUUGCCAAGCAGUAUGGAGCAGAUGGGCUGGUAUUUGGAGCUUUAACUGAGGAUGGCUAUGUAGACACAGAACUCUGCACAGAACUGCUUGCUGCUGCUCGCCCUUUGCCAGUCACCUUCCACAGAGCUUUUGACAUGGUGUGUGAUCCUGUAACAGCCAUGGAAACACUGAUAUCCAUAGGUUUUGAACGGGUGCUAACUAGUGGUUGUGACAGCUCUGCCCUGGAGGGGCUGCCCUUGAUUAAGCGACUGAUAGAACAGGCAAAGGGCAGGAUUAUUAUUGUACCAGGGGGAGGCAUAACAGAGAGAAACCUACAAAGAAUUUUAGAAGGUUCUGGUGCUUCUGAGUUUCACUGCUCGGCUCGCUCAGCCAAAAACUCAGGCAUGAAGUUCAGAAACUCCAGUGUUAAGAUGGGAACCUCCCUCUCUACACCUGAGCAUUCUAGCAUGGUGGCAGAUGUGACUAAAGUGAGGACCCUGAAUGCCAUUGCAAAGAACGUCCUGUAGAAAAAGAAGAGGAUACGGGACAGGAAGACCUACUAUCCCCUGACUUCCCUGUUCCUUAAGUGUAGACAUUUCAGUAGUAUUUGGAUCAGUCUAAAGAAGAUGCCGAUGUGUGUUUUUCUCCUCUUCCCACUCCCUAGUCUUCGUUCAAGCAGUCUUUUCACUAAAUAGUGUGACAUCAUUUGUCUGUGAGGAGCAAACUCUAGCGAGACGUGAUACUAGCUAAAGAGGCAUUCAUCACUGGGUGAAACUCGUUUAGACUUUUACUUUUCAAAUAAAUGAUGAAGCUGAUUUUCA